CCCUGAGGGAGAAGCGCCAGGCCCGAGGCGGGUGCCGACCUCGGUCUGUGGUGCCGGGCCGGGGCUGCCCUUCUUCUCCUCCUCCUCCUUCUCCUCCUCCUCCCCCGGGUGUGCGGUGCGCGGCCGCAUGUGGGGCGCAGGCGGCGGAGUCUCCACCUCUUCUGGCAGCGGGAACCUGUGGCUGCCAAGCUCCAUUAAAGCCAUCAGCAGCCGGGGGGACGCGCUCCGCGGCGAAGGCGGGGUGGGCUGCGGUGCUUUAUUUUAAAAUAUCUACUUUUCUGUUUUCGCGCCCCCCUCCCCGCCCUUCAUCCCUUCGCAAGGCUCGGGCUGAGCAGGACGCCUGCGGGCUGAAGCCGGGGUGCCGCCGCCGCGGGCACCGGAGCGCCGGAGGCGGCCCAUGGCUGCUCCGCCGGGCGCCGCGCCCCGCUGAGCUCCGCGGGCACCGGCGGCGAUCGCGCCUCUGGCCGGGACACACAGCGGGCACCAUGGUCCGGUGCUGGUGGCUCGCAGCGCUGCUCGUAGCCUGCGCGGCCGCCGAGCCGCGCUGCCGCCAGCAGCUGCGACACCUGCAGGACAGCGCCGGGAUCGCCGCGCCGCUGCCGCCCCGCCUGGACGGGCGCUGGGUCUCCACCGGGUGUGAGGUGCGGCCGGGCCCCGAGUUCCUGACCCGCUCCUACCUCUUCUACACCAACCGGCUCUUCAAGGCCCUCCAGUUCUACUACUGGGACCCUUCCUGCCGCGACCCCUCCUACUCGCUGGUCAUCAAGGGCAAGCUCCGGCUGCGCCAGGCCUCCUGGAUCACCCGCGGGGCCACCGAGGCCGACUACCACCUGCAUAAAGUGGGCAUCGUGUUCCACAGCCCCAGGGCCAUGCGGGAGGUGGCCUCGUGGAUCAACCAGACCUCCGGCGAGGGCUGCCGCGGGUUCCUGCCCCCGGGGCGCUCCUGGGCGCCCGGAGCGCUGUACGAGGUGCUGAGCGCCAAGACAGAGCGCGACUGCACGGCGGCCCUGGGCUUCGCCAUGCACGAGCUGAGCCUGCUGCGUGUGGAGAGGCACUUCCAGCCCCUGCUGCAGCCGCAGCAGAGCGGGAGCCAGCUGGUGGAGGAGCUGUACCUGGGGGACAUCCACACCGACUGGGGGGAGAGGCUGCACUACCGCCCCACCGGCUACCAGCGCCCCUUGCAGAGCGCCCUGCACCACGUGCACCCGUGCCCGGCGUGCGGGAUGAUCGCCAGGGCCGAUGAGCACCACCCGCCCAUCCUGCCCGCCCGCGCCGCGCUGCCCAUGCGGCUCAGCGGCAGCUGGGUCAGCGCCCACUGCGAGGUGCGCCCGGCCGUGCUCUUCCUCACCAGGUACUUCACAUUCCACGGCAACAACCACACCUGGGAAGGGCACUACUAUCACUACUCCGACCCGCUCUGCAGGCAGCCCACCUUCACCAUCUACGCCUCCGGGCACUACACGCAGGGCAUCCCCUCCUCCAAGGUGCGGGGCGGCACCGAGCUGGCGUUUAAGGUCACCCAGGCUCGGGUGACGCCCAUGGACCAGGUGACGGUGGCGAUGCUCAACUCCUCGGCAGCGGGGAGCUGCGGGCUGGCGGGCUCCUGGAGCGCCGGGCUGGAGCAGGAUAUAACGCCCACGAACGGAUGUUUGGCUCUGGGCAUCAAACUGCCCCACACCGAGUACGAGCUGUUCAAAACGGAGCGGGACACGCAGGAGCGCAGCCUGCUCUACAUCGGGGAGCGGCCCACGGACGGCUCCAGCCCCGACAGCCCCGACAAGCGACCCACGUCCUACCAGGCCCCCCUGGUCCAGUGUGCUGCAGCCUCCGAGGAGUUCUCCAACUACAUUAGUCUGAAAUACGUGGGAAGAAAGGAUGCUAAUGGGAUCGAAGCACUAAAACCUUUGCCUGUGGCCUUUUUAUUGUUUAUAGCACUUCUGUUUUUAAGAUGGGACUAGUUAUCUCUUCAGGUACGGUGCAGAAUUCAGAUAAAUCUUGGUGCUAGCGUGAUUUUUAUUUCCUUCAAAUGAGCACAUCUGGAAUCAGUUUUACUCAGAUUUGGAAACACUUUUUAAAAACACCCAAUAGUGAAUGAAGCCAAGGAGAUAUGCCUGACUCCACGCUGUUUGUGCUGUGGCUUUAUUGCCUAAUCUCCCCUCUUUGCGUGCAAAUUUAAUGUAGUGACACGGAUGCACUGCACAUUGCAACAGAUAAUUUAGCAACAUGAGGGGGGAAAAGAGUGACAUCAAUUAAAAUUGCUGCUUUGAGCUUUUGACAUUGCUAAGAUUUAAUCAAGAGCUUGAUUCAGAUGUAAUUCAAACAUCCGAAGUGUUGGCUGCUGAGUUUCUUUGAGGUUAAGUUCCCUCCCAUCGCACUCCUUUUUGCUGUUCAUGCAAAUUUAAUCUGCAGAGUCAGUCAGCAAUAAACAGCCAGUGUUCUUGAGAAGGGCACGGUUCACAUGCCUCUGGCAGCUCACAGAUAUUUUCUGCACUUUGCCCGUGUGUGUCACACACAGGGACCCACAAAAUGUCUUUGGAGAUGCCCAGAACAGCCCUCACAGAGGGCUUGACUUUUCCACCUGCAUAAUUCCAGUAGAUGGAAAACCCUUCUGUGCCCAACAGCUCCACGCCUCAGCACUCCCUGGCUGCAGCACUGCAUCCCUGCUGUGCUACCCCAGCUCUACAGAGCAGAGCUGGCCUGGUGGGAGACAUCAGCAGUGUCCCCGUGUCACCGCUGCCGUGCCCGGCACAGGCACCGUCACCACGCGCCGUGGGAGGGCAAAGAUCCCUCACCAGCCUUCUCAGGCCAUGGAUUUUCACUGCCUCCUUCUUAGUUACUGGCACAGCAGUUGUUAAUCCAGCUCUCCUCUCAAAGUGUCACUUCCAGGCUCGUUCCUGUACAGAUGUUUUAUAAAUCUGCCUCUGGUGAACAAUGAGCUGAAGAGAUGCUCGGAUCAGACAGCACAGUCAGGUCAAACUGAUUCCUACUGACAAGCAGGACAAACUAUGAAAUUAUAUUCCCUGUCUGCUGCAGCUAAGCAUCAUAUAACUUCCUCGAGAAGCCCUUCUCCAGCAGCUAAAACCUCUCCAAAUAAGCCUAUAUAUCUUACCCACAAAAGGUAUUUUGUUAAAGCAGCUAUGCAAUAGCCACUUUCUUAAUGCUGUAUUUACGAACUUGCAGCUUGUACUUAGAUAAAUUAUGGGGUUUAUAACACAAAAAUACUUUGGGGGGAUCUGUACAUUAAUAAUUCAAAUGAGAUGCUUAUUAAAUGCAUUACAGUUGUGACAUAAAUGUUGUCAGCAUGUUCACAUGUUCCAGGCAUGACCUGAUAUUAGUCAUGCACAUAAACAGUUCUACUCGAAGGUGAUACAGAAGGGCCAGGCUUGGCUGCCUUGCCUUGUGUUCCCUCCCUAAUCCCUGGAGACUUCAGCAGGCAAAUCUGACUGGUUGUGCACUGGCAGAACCUUUCCUUCAGGAGUUUCACCACUUUACCUGUGCUCACCACAGCCCAGGGAAAGGCUCCUGUGGCUCCCAUCAGCACAGGGACCUGUUCUGCAGGACACGGCAGGAGAAGGGAACAGCCCUGUGCUGCCUUUGGAGCGUGGGUGGAGCAGGGACAAGGCAAUUCCUGCCCUACAUUUGCCCCAUCAAUCAGAUUUGUGUGCAGAUACUUCUUUUCAUUUACACAGCACAGAUAUGGAUUAAACUCAACAAGUGUCCAGGUCCUGCAUGGUGUAAAAGCUCCUACAAGGCCACGGAUCCUUUCCAGGUGGGGAUGGGAUUCACAUGCUGUGAAACACCAUCACACACUUUAUGGAAUGUUAGCAACAAGCCCUUGGGAAGGCUCUGCACCACUGGCUCCAGCAGCACCAGUGCCCGCUGCUCUGCUGGCUGAACUUCCCUGUGAAACCUCAUCAGGAGCCUCCUUGUCCUCUUCCCCCCUAAGUACACCUCUGAGAGGAAAAAAACCCAUGGAAGAGCUAUUUGCAUAAAUAUCAUAACUUUUAUUGUUCUGUUCACAGUUUUUGAAGACACAUUCCUAAAUUACACAGUUAUUCUCUCUUAAGAAUUUGUGCCUUUUUCCAAUUUGAAUUUGCCUGGCUGUCACUGCCAGUCGGUGAUUCCUGUGUUGCUUUUUAAGAUCAGAGAGCUGCAGUGUGCAGUAUUUGCUGCCUGUGAAGGUACUAGUGCACUGAAAUCAAGACAGUCUCAAUUCUGGUAGAAAAACUCAGCCAACUGAGUUUUCUCUCACCCUCUCUAAGGCAUUUUCACACUCCACCAGCAAUUUCUGCCUUUUUUUUUUCUUUUUGCAUCCAUUCCAAUUACUCAGCUUCUCUUGUAGAAUGUAAAUAUUCAAAUUGCAUCCAAAAUUCCCAACUCUCCCAGCUGAGACACACAAAAGGAUAAUCACUUACAGCUAACAGUAAUUAAAAACAAGAACACAUUCGUAUUCAUUAGGCUUUUACCCUGGGACUGCACUGGGAAUGUACAUGGAGCUGUUAGCCGUUCUGGGCCUGGCUAUGGAUAUUUUUGUUACAUUUUAUCUUUAGUGAUCUUGUAUCUGAGUUCCUCAGUGAUGUGGAACCACUGGAUCUGCCAGGUCCCUGCAGAACCCUCCUUUGGGCAUCCCCAUUUCAGUGCUGUUCUCUCUGAGCUCAGCAGUGAUUGUCAGGGACAGGAGCUUGGCAGGGCCCUGACAGACCCAGCCCGCUCUGCUCCCAAAGAGACCCGAAACCUGAAAGAAUGAAAGGAUUUCCCCUGCUCUGCUCCCAAAGAGACCUGAAACCUGAAAGAAUGAAAGGAUUUCCCCCAAGCUCCAUCAGGAACAUCCAUCUCCCUUUCCCUUUCCAGGGUGUCCCACUGCCCUGACCCUCUGACCACCCCAGCAGCAGCUCAGACACUGCCCCAGGCUCCUCCCUUGCAAACACUGGUUGAGGUUUCUGGGCCUACUGAAUUAAAAACUGUUAAUUUUUAAUCCUGAGCCAAGGAAUUAUACCACCUUUCCAGUUCUUACAUCAUCCCUAGGUUUUAUCUCCUGCAUCUGUUUCUUAACAGUUCUUUAAUCCUAUUGCAGAUUUCCUCUGAACUUCAGCUCCUCAUCUCCCUCUCCAACCCACAUUUUUCUUUUCCUUUGGGUUGUGCUUUCCUUAUUUUCUACAUUUCCCAACUCCCAUUUUUAAUGGAUUGCUGCCUGCUUCUCUUUUUCUUAUUUAUGUUACUUUCCAUCUAAUUUUUCCCCUUAUUUCAUCACUGAAGUAGGAUGGGCAGUAAGCCAAAGUUUUCUCUCUUCUCAAUUGCAAAACUAUUGGGUUUUUGGCCAUUUAAUACCUUUCACUUAGAAAACUGUCAAUUCUACUUCAGUUUUUCAUCUAAUUUCCUCCCGACUCCCAGAUCUGAUAUGAAAUUUGCUCAGCUCUGCCCUCUUGAAGCACCAAUUACAUUUAUUAGCAGCUCACACGGCUGUUUGUGAGCUCCACUGCAAUCAGGAUCCCAACCUCAGUUCUGACAUUCAUUUAUCUUUAUCUGCCAUAAACAAGACAAACCCAAAUAAUUUCAUUUUUUAUGUCCAACACUGCAUCAGAAAAACAGGCCUAGGACAUAGACCAGGAGCUUUAAUCCUGCCUGCUGGGUUGCUUUCUACUACAAAACAAAUAAAUACCUUUUUACUGUCCCUGUGAAGAAAACCCAAGCCAGUGUGUGCUGGAAGCUGAUGGUAACAGGCACAUGGAAACUCUUUCAUAUUCACUUCUCUUAGAAUACUUUUUAAAAAUAUUAAUCUUUUUUUAACCACUCAAGAAAACAACAACAAAAAAUACUCCAAAGUCUCAAACAAUUUUCUGGCUUCCUGCACUGAGACUGAGCCUUCAGCACCUUCUUUAAUACCACGAUCUCCUCAGACAAGCUGCCCUUCCAAUUUUCUGCUUCUUUAGCAGGUGCAGAAGGUUAAAGCGUGAGCCAAGUCUGCCAGACAAACAGUCCUGGGUCUGACACACAGCUCAAUUAACUGUAACUUAUUGUUCCAAUUAACCACCUUCAUGCCUCCCUGUUUAAAACACCUUAGAAUGCAUUUCUGCAUUCUAGAUUUCCCAGAUAAAAUGAAAUAAUAAAAAAAUCUGCAGCACUUUCAGAUACAUUAACAGCACUGUGCCACUGCUUUGUUUGAGAAACAAUCCACAUGGAAUAAAUAUAAAAGCCUGUCCCACACUGUAAAUAAACCCACUGCACUGGAACAGCUGGAGGAAGCUGGGGACAGAAAGGAGAUGGGUGACAAGGCCUGUGGCUCCAAGGAGUGAAGAGGAAGAGAAAACAAAGAGGAAGCAGGAGGUGAGUGGCUGUGUGGGAUGGGAAAAGGGAUCCAGGAGCAGUCAGAUCUCCAUGCCAGGGGAGAGCCCAGGCAGGCAGGGAAGGGCAGGCCUGGAAGGGUGAUGGGAAGAAAGACCCAGAUGGAAAACAGGCAGCAGGGAAGAAAAGCCAUUUAAAGAUGCUCGGCUGAACGUGGAUGCCUUUGCCAAGUGAAGGAGCAAGGAUGACUUGGCCUGGACCAAGGCGCUGAGGGAGGGAAUGGAGGGAGAUCUGACAGCUCAGGCAGAACAGAGCAGGAGGGAGAUUGGGCAGCAGAGCCUCCAGCCCCCACAGAAACGCUCCUGAGGCAGAGAUUCCUGGCUCCAGUCACACUCGUGUGUGGCCUCCCAGUGAAAUGUGGAAACAGAAAUUGCUGCUUCAGCUCCGAGUUCCUCCCCACCGCGCCAGGAGCAAGAAUUGGGAUCCACACAGGGAACACAAAGAAUCCCCCCUGACACACACCAGGGUUACACCCAACACCACAGUGCCACACUGGAAGUUCAACUUUUAAAAACUUAUUUAUACAUAACUGAAGAGAAAUUAGGGUUCUCCAAGUCCAGGCACACAAAGCUGGGCAGUUUUGGACAAUUCCUGAGCAGCAUCAGCUCACUUUUUGAUCACUGAAGUGAUCAGACACUGCAAUGAACUCCCCAAACUCACAAGCACAAACCUGGUUCUGCCAUUUCCUAACUCCUGAGUGCUUGACUUUGUACAGCCCUAAUAAAGGUCCUUUAAAAGUAGCUCUCUGUGGGUAAUUGUGCGUGGGACUUUUGCCAAACUAAACAUGAGGGAGUUCAAGAGGCUUUUCUAAUCUUGUGAGUUUAUCCACUAAAGAAAAAGAUUUGAUUAAAAAAAUGAAGUACAGCUAAACUGGGAACAAUACUUUACUACGGGCUGUUCUUCAUAGGCACUUCAGAAUCUUGAAAAAAACCCCUCAAAAUUAGGAACUUAUUAAAUCAGAAUGAAAUGUACCAAUGCAGAAACAUAAACGGAAAUGCCAGAUGUAUAAUGUUAACUUGUAAUGCACAGGUUCAAUUAUUUCUUCUUAAUUCAUUUGUUUUCUUAACUUCUUUUGUUUUGCUCUCUGGGAAAGGCCAUUUUCUAAUGACAGAUCACAGGAGGAAAGAUCCAAAGUUCAAGUUUACUCCAAGGAAAAGCAGCCUCAUUUCUGUGCUCACAGACCCUGCAUCCCUUUUGUGCUUUCCAUUCUUGCAGAGGCUUCAGGACAAACUCAGGCCUGGACUGGGAGGCACAGAGAUCUACGUGGAAGUUUAGUGAAGGUUUCAAAGCUUCACUCCUCAAGUACAAAUGUGAAAUUAAUUCCUGAACAGGAACUGAAGCCACAGGAAAUGGCAGAGUGAAUGACACAGAGUCACUCAGCAAGUGUGCACGUGGGUGCUCACUGGAGUAUCACGUGCAGGAUUCCUGGCUGGCUCUCAUUUGUGUUAUUUUAAAAAUAAUCUUCAUUUAUCCAGUAAAAAACCUCCAACCCAUUAAUUAAUCAGCUUUUAUAGCGAAGCAGAUUUGAGCAGUGGAAACACAAUUACUUUGUUCUGUGAAGUGGAUCUUCUCAAAAUCCCAAAAAUAUAAACUGAAUUUCACUCACCACCUGUCACUUCUCAACUUGCUCACUUGGGCCAUGGAUGCUCCCCCAUUCCUAAACCAUGGCCCAGUGGCUCUCCAGGCCCUGUGCAGCACCAGUGCAGCACCAGUGCAGCACCAGUGCAGCACCAGUGCAGCUGUGACCCAGCCACAACAAACAGGAGCUUCUGAGUGUUGUUUUACAGGGGCUUUAAUUCCAAACAAAGGGAUUUUUGGUGGUGCUUUCUUCCUCAUUUACUUUAUACAGGAAACAGAACUCAGGAUGUGGAAUUUCAGGACAUCACAUAGGGCAAGAGAAAUAAAGUUUCAAACUUCAGAGCACUACAGUGAAGCCACUAUUGUGCCUGAAAAUGAAGAACACUCCACUGAAGAGACAGAAGUGCCUUUUUCUCAAGAAAAGGGAUGACAGUUUUCUUCCACUGGGCAAUGCAACAUCAAGUAUGUCAAGAGAUAAAUGAUCCACUCCUUGUGCACACCACGAUGUAAAAUUGCUGACAAGAAUUGCAAGUCCACAUGUGCAGCAGAUACAAACCCUUCAUAGUUUAUUGAUGAAAAGAAAUUUUAGUGAAUUGCAAAGUGAAGUUCCAACUUUAUCCCACUAACAGCAUUUCAGGAGGAAAAAGUAACACCACCAUCGAGCUUUACAAUCCUGUAUUUUUAGAAAAUGACAUUGUGGUACAUCAAUCCCCUCAACAUAACAACAUGACAUGAUCUUGCUGUUCAGCCCCCAGGACCUGAGCUGGUCCUGGCUGCACGUGCAGCUGUUCCAGCUGUGCAUUCCCAGCUGCCAAUGCAAAAGUUUUGAUCAUUCAUGCACGCAGGAUUUGCUUUAAGAUGUGGAGAACUACAUAAAAAUAGAAGAAACCAUUUUCCAUUCGUUUCCCAGCUCUAGGCUUCAAGACAUUGCAGGUUUCUGUUUAUCCCAAAUUCGCCCGAAGAGUGCGCCAAGCAUCCUCUACUGGGUGUUACAGAAAUCAACAAUAAAUGUGCAAGUGGUCAUCUUAAAGUAACAGCAAGGACAAUAAUUAGAUUAGUAAUAACUUGAUUUCUACUACCAUGAAUCAAUCACAGGUUUCUAAUAUCUGAUGUUGUGUGAGAACCCCAGACAAUAAUCUUAUUUAGAAACUCUACAUUUUGUGCACAACUUCCUAAGAUGUACAAUGUCCUUCAGAAUAAUUCACUUUUUGUGAAUACUUCAUGAGAACAUUUGGUCUUGUGUUGCCAUGAAAGGAACAACUUACAAAAAGAGCCAGGUGGCUUAAGAAUAUCCAUCCAAUCUCUAUUUGCACUCUAUCUACAAACUGGCCUUUCAGGAACCUUGGAAGAAAAAAAAUCCUUAAGAUUUCUCUCUACUGCCUAUGAAAGAAGGGUUUGGUCAAACAGGGAGUGAGAAUUCCCCUGAUCAGUCACUUUAUUUCAAGCUCAGCAAGGCAAAGCAUUACCCAGACAAUUCAGGGCUACUGUGUUUGGGCUCUUGUCAAAAAUGGUGAGUGAAAACCUCAGAAUUUUGUUAAAUUCCAGAAUACAAGCAGUUAAUUUAAGAGUCUUGUUUAGGACUGAUGGUGUGGGUCAGCCCAGCUGCAGGCUACAGCUGUCACCAACACUGCAAUCCUCUCCUGGUCUCCUUGAUCAGUGUUUGAAGGGAAUCUGGAAAAGCAUGAGAGGAUUUUCUGGGUCCUCUUUAUGAUCCUGGAGUGCAAACAGCAGAACAACUUUGCCCAUGAACCAUCGACAGUUCCAGGCUGGCACAGAUCACCCAGAAGUGGCUGCUGAGCUCUGGGGAAGGGCCUGGGCCAGCAAAGGCAGCUGUGGUAGCUUACACUGGGUGUAAAACCUGCCUGGAACUUUACUACAGAUAUCCUCACAGGAGACCAGUUUAAACCUUCAAUCCUUCCCCUCUAUCCUGCAAAGACAGCGAUUUGUUUUUUUAACUAACCUCUUUUAGGCUGUUUUUAAGCAGAACAAAGGACUCUCAAAAAAACUUGUUUUUUUCAAAGUGAAUCAGAAAUUCUGAUAAGAGAACAAGAUAUUUACAGCCCCUAAAAAAAGCCCUACUUCAUAUCUCAGUCUCCCUUCAGCAAAGGUUUUCUCAAAUAUAGUCUUCAAAGCCAUGAAAAUUAAUUUUGCAGUAUCACUCACAACCUUGUCUUUCUGAAAAGAAUGCUUCAUUAGAAAGUUUUCUUCAGCUUCUACUGCCCAGGCAGUCUCUUUUCUAGAUAAUUCUGCCCAAUUUGUCCCACAGACUCCCUGCUUUGCCCUCUCCAUCUCCUCUCCCACCUGCCCUGCCCUCUGCAGCCAGGCUGCAGUGGCUCUGUCCCUUCCCUCUGAGCAGACAAGGCACCAGCACUUCAAAAUGCUAAAAAUACUCCUCUCCUUUCUGUUGAACCUCCUGGAAAUACUCCAGACUCCUGUCCAUGAGCUGAACACAGCAGUUACAGGGGGGUUUUCCACCUAUUUUCUUAUUAAGUCUCAGGUAAAAUUUCACUUAUUUGCACUUGCAGAGGAGGAAGCCCUUGAGACACAGUGGGACAACCAAAGGUGCAGAGUGCAGCAGACAGGCUGCAGCCCCCAGAGCUUUCUCACAGAACCCAGGAACAGGGAAGGGAUGACUGAAGCCAUUUUUUAAAGACUCAGCUUCAUCUUUUAAUGCUUCAAAAAAUUUCAUCACUCAAUGUUUUUGGGUCUACCAUUUAAGAAUAAUGUGAAUUUACCAGCUCAAGAACUGUUUCAUCUACUGAAUCCAUUGUGGUAAAACACAGUUUAUACACCUUGUGGUAAAAGGAAGUUUAGAAACAAAAUCACCUUACUCUAAAGGUGCUGUCAGGUGUCUGAACUGAACCCAACUAACCUGGGAAGUGGGAUGUUACCUUGUACCUCAGCGUGGUUACUCUGAACAACUUUUGUGUGGCAGGCUCACAAUGGAGUGGUUUGGUUUGACUUUAAAAUCAGUCUGAAAAAAAAGAAAUUCACCCUGAAAUACGACCGCAACUUUCCUUAUGCCAUGAACAAAGCUGACAAGAAAACGCUGUUUCCUCCCCACCACUAAAACUGUGAGAACAGGACAAAAGUAACAAAGGAAACAUUAAUUUGGGGGCUUUAUUUCAUUUUUCUUUUCUUUUUUUUUUUUCUUUUUUUUUUUUAAGAUGCUACAUAGUCAAACAAGAUUGGUCUUUUUACGGCAUAGGACUAAUUUACUACUAAUAUUUUUGUUUCUCCCCUAGAUAGACUUAUUUACAUACAAAAACAGUUUCCUGACCACUGUUUCCCCCAAUGCUCAGAUGAUCAAAACUCCCAUCAGUUGUGUAGUGCCCCAAACAUCAGGAGGCAGAAGAACCUUGCACCACUACAGCAGCAAAUUUUUAGUUCUCAUCACUGGCUUUGAACAGGCGCCUUUUUCAUACCACAAAAUCUUAGUCAAAUUCAAUGACAAUAAGGAAACAUGAGAUGAAAUACAUUAAAUAAGUCAAAUAUGCAUUAAACAUCUCUGAAGAACAAUUUUAAUUCAACUAAAUGAACCAACAGCAAUGCAGCUUGGUCCCUUGGUGAGAACAAGGCGUUGAGCUUUAUUCUGAACGAGCCCCUCGGUGCUGCCCAGCUCCCUCAGUGCUGCCUUUGCAGCUUCUCACUACUCAGAUAAGUGCCAAGAAAUUGGUAACUUGCACAGAUUGAAGACACCGACAGAAACUGUUAAAUUCAUGAGCAGAAUGGUGGAUUAACGUAUUUUACAGAAGUUAUCAACACCUCCUGCCUAACCCAGCUCCAAACAUCCCUAGGGCCAGCUCCAGCAGUGGAGGAAGAGGUUUUUUCUAGUUUUCCUUUUUUUUUUCUUUUUUUUUUAAAAAAGA